AAUUGUGUUCUGCAGAGGUUUCACGCUAAUUAGUCCAGUUCAAUGGCUUUAAGCAUGAGCGGUUGAACUCGUGACGGUCAUAAGAAUUAUUUUCCUCCCCUCACAGUUCUAACCCUUUCUCAAGUCAGAGAUUUAAGUUUUUAAAAAGUGACACUGAGAACUUUGGGAAACAGUGUUGCAAAGCAAUUUAGAAGGAUCGGACCCUUUCACAAUCUACAUAACUAUCCACUUUAGUUUAUAGCCCAACGGUAUUCCUCAGGUGUAGUCACUGGAUGGUUCAAAGAGAUGCCUCGCGGUGACUUCAAUGUUUAUUUUGCAAGCAGAGGAGGACCCCAUGUCAGGACCGAAGAGGCAGCAGGCAUAGCUCUGUUGGUCUUCAUACUUGCAGCCCUUCUCAUCCUCGGAUGCUGGUAUUUUAGGAGGAGAUGUGGGUACAAAAUGAUUCGGAGCCCAAGAUCAGGGUCCCUGCCAAGAUUCAGUGGAGGACAGUUCAAUGAGGGAGGAGCCACAGCAGAAAACAAGAUGGGCCUCAGUGACCUCCGACCUUUGGUUCCCAAUGCCCCUCCUGCAUAUGAGACGAUAUCAUCAGGACCCCUACCUCCUCCCUACUCCCCCUAAUAACAACAGUCCUCUGUGGAUAACCAAAAAGAUGAAAACUAUGAACUUAAUGUGUUGUCUUAUUUAAACUCUAUAUCAAUGAAGAAAAAGCUUUUGAUGAAAAUAUUAUUAGCAGUCUAUAUUUACAAUUACACAAUUUACCAUAUUUUACACAUGUUUUUUUUUUACUAUCUUGUAUGAAUUUUUUUAUGUGUUUCUCCAAAACUUGUUUUGUGUGUUAUGUGUUCCUCAAGGUUAUAUUUCUGAAGGUUGCUCAGCAAACAAGACCCUUCUAUCAAUACUUGAAUAACAGUAUAUUAAUCGAUUACAACAAAGUCGUACUUGGGAAAUUGCUUGUUCAUUUAAGAUAACCAACGUAAAAAAAAAAAGUAUGUCUGCAAUUGAGAAUCCAUAGUAAUUUAAAGACAAUAACUUGGGCUUGAUCGUUGUUAUUUCAACAUGUACUUAUGAAGGGAUUUCAAAAGGAUGGAAUGGUUAUCCCCUUUAAAAUCCUGCACACACAUUUCAAUAAAAAUAUAAAGUUUACCAAGGGUAUAAUUCAGAUUAACACCACAAAACCCUCUCUGUAGGACAGUUACACCAGUUAUUUCCAAGCAGAAAAAUCUAUAUGGUAGGGAAAAAAAUUCUCUCUCUCUCUCUC